UCCUCUUCUUCUGCUACUGUUUACUCUGUUGUCAGUUCUGUUUGCUUUAUAAGCUUGGCAUUAACUGUGUAAAUAGCAAGCAUGCAUUCAGUCUUCCCUUCCAUGGCGAAAGCAUCAGCCAAGCAGUCAUGUUCUUUAAAUGUGAUCAAGGAAAGCGGGGUGGGCAGGGCAAAUACUGAAAGACAUGGUCUGUACGUUUGACAGCUGAAAAGGACAUUUAUACAAGGGUCAUUGAAGGGAGUGAUACCUAGGAGGUGGAACAGGUGAGGGUGAAUCCAGGACCAAGAGAGAUUGCACUUUAGGGUUGGGAUAAAUGGGAAACCAUGAUUGUGGAACGCCUAGGGAAAAAUGCUAGAUUUUAGCUUUUAGCUAAGACUCUACUGACUGGGGCUAGAUUUCUUGGGUCUGUAGAAUUUUUGCUAUUUAGGAGGCAGUAGAAGGCAUGGGGAGAGAGCUGGUGAAGAUCUGCUAGUUCACUCCUCCCACCGUUUUCCAACCCAUGGACCCUCACUUAGGUGAAAGAGAGCAGAAUGCCAUAAGGUUAACUCCUCUGUCUUGCACUCUUCAGAUUGUUUUGUUAAUAGCUUGGGUGAGAAGGUAGAGAGAAAUCUUCUUUGCAGAUGACAGACAAUUGGGCUAGCUAGUUAAUAACCUUGAAGACAAAAAUAUAUUCAAAACAAUCUUGAGACUGCUGAAUACACACACACACACACACACACACACUUAACAGAGACAAACACAACCUUCUCUAUUUAAAUACUUGUACAAAAGUAAUUGUGCAGAACAUCUUGGAAUAGUUGUUUCUGAAGAUGAGUCAGCUGCAAAAAAGGCAAUGCAAGUUUAUGCUGUUAAAACAUAAGCAUACUUAAUAAAUCACAGGAGUAAUAUCACUUUGUUCUGUACUGCUUAGACCCCACUUAAGCAAUAACCAGUUCUGGAUACUAUAUUUAAGAAGGAAUCAGGCCGACUGAAGUGGGUUCAGAGAUGAACAGGGGUGAUCUGGGGACUAGGAAUUAUGAAGAAAAAGUGAAGAAAUUGAAACGUUUAGGCACGAGAAAGGGAGGAUAGGAUAGCGCUUGCCAAAUACCUGGAAGAAUUUCACAAAGAACAAAAUCACAGUACAGUAUGUUAUCCAUUGUUCUAGAGUGCGGAACAUGGAAUUACAGAUUCAGUUUACAGGAAGGCAUAGUUCAAUAAAACGUUAGAAAAAAUAUCCUACCAGUGAGGAUAGUUCAACUGUAGAACCAAACCUCCAGGAAGGUGGUGAGCUCCCUUCCUACAGACAACCACCCAUCUUUAAUUUGGAUUCCUGCACCCUUCCCAAUUCUGCAUAUCUAUUUUUUUAAAACUUGCAGCAUCAUACCAAAUUUUAUCUGUAUAUUAAACACACAUAAGUAGUACUGGAGCACUUCAAAAACUAAUACAUUGAUUCUGAUAACCUAAUCUGCUAGUGUUUCAUGUGUCCCAGAUGUGCCCCAGAAGAAUUAUAGACUACCCACUCAAUAUUUUUUAUGGGAUAUGUCUGCCAUCAAUAUUCUAUUUCUCUCUGUCUCUUAACGUGUUAGACAAGCAUGUGGUAGAGCCAUCAGUCUAUCUCAUCUCAGGUCAGAGUGUUACCUAGUUGGAGGAUCUACUUGUUUGAUCUUCCCCAGAUCUGUUGGACUUCGCUUCCUAUAAUUUCCCAAAAAAUCCUUGCUAACCAGUCCAAUGCUAAGAUAUCAUGACUUCCCCUGGGCAAACAUAGCCCUGACCAGCUUUCAUAUGCUGAUAAAUUGUCCUGCUCCCAUCGAGUUUUCAGUUGAUGCCAGCAGCUCAGUCCUCAAGGGCUGAGUUUCUGCAUGAUCUGAAUUUCCACAUGAGCAUGCUGGCUGGGGAAUUCUGGGAGCUGAAGUGCACACGCCUUAAAGUUAUUGAGGUUGAGAAACACUGCUCUAGGCAUUGCAAUGGCUAAUGAUUUUCCUCUUCUUGUGAUAUCCAUUAAGUAUUUGGAAACCAUCAGCAUGUUCCAAGCUGGGUUCUUCCCCUUUCCUGAACUAUUUUUUAAAUGAUGUUCUCUUCUCCUUUUUCCUUCUUAAGGGUGGUGUCUUGGUCCUCCCUCCCCGGAUUUUUCUGCAGUUUGUCAGUCUAGCUUGUUUGCCCAGGAGGUCAUGGGACUCUCUAAAACUGGAGCAAUUUUCAUGCUUUUUUUCAGAGUUUGCCUUUGUUUUUGAUUAGAUGUCACAAGUCUUGCUUUUCGUUCCAAACUCUUCUCUGUGGGUGGGAGUUUUCUGUCUGCUGUGUUUUGCUGCCUGACCUUCUGUGCUGCUCUGAAGAAUGAGUAAAGAAGGCUUGAUCAGUUCAUAAGACUGAAAGGAGUGAUUCACUCUGUUUUCUUUUAAAUGGACAACAGGUUUUGUUUCUUGGUUCAGGUGUGAAAAAGUCAGCAGCCCCCACUAAGCUGAGCAAGAGAGCUCUGCUGGGAACCCUGACGUAACAUCUAACGAGCAGAACCCUAUAUUUCCUAUUAUAGAAGAAGGAAUACUAAUCCAAUUGGCUGGUUUUUGCUCUAGUUAUAAUUUUAGAUUUGCAUUUUUUUCUAUCUGAAAGAGAAACUAUUCAAUACUUUUGUUAACUAAACUGGUAUUUGGACACUUUUCACCCCUAUGUAAAGCACCCAGAACGGAAGUGGGACUAUGGGAUGUGAUCCUGUUCCUCAGAUAAUACCAUAUGACCACCCCCAAACCGCAGUGCUGUUCAGCUCAAGAUCACUGAGGUUUCUAGUUCAAAAGAUACAGCACAGAAGGGGAAAAAGAGGAGGGGGAAGAAGGGAAAACAAACAAAUUCAGGUUCUAAUUUUUAGACAAUGCAUGAAUAGUUCAGUAGCUCAGUGGGUGUUUGCAAAUAGGCAAGCAAUCAAUAAACAACUUACCUUAUUGUACUGGUAUCAUUAGGUUAGUCUUAUUUGGAGAGUUACAGCAUAUGCCUUCACAUUUUUUUUUUGAAAAAAGAAACAACAUUUUUUAUUACAGUCUUCUACUUAUGAAUUGGUUACAUUCCAAGAGGCUGUUCAUAUGACCAUUUUGUUUGUAGGUUCAACCAAGUAUAAAAAUCAUGCCUCCCAAUGUGUGACGGUGCUGCCAAGCGUCUGUAUGUGGCACGCCAUAAACUAAUCCUUUCCCGCCUUCUCCUGCCUUCCGGGACCUUCUAGGUUGGAGUUGCAGACAGGUUUGUUCAUAUCGGCAAGAGUUCGUGAUUUGAAAGUUCGAGACACAACCCUAAGCUGAUCCUCCUCUUCAACGUGGAACUUUGGCACGGGACAAGCUUUGAUGCUGGUUGACAACUCAGGAUCUGGGAUGCUUCGUUCCCUGAAUGGUUUGCCAUAUGCUGAGCAGCAUUUUCAUGGUGGUGGAGACCAUCCUUCCCCUGCCUCUGGAGGGCCCAGUUUCACAUCUCCUCCACAUCACUCUAGAGCUGGAGUCUCUGUGGAAGCUCUGGACCUUAGGCUGGAUGACUUCAUCCCACUGCACCUCCAGAAGAGCCCAUCUAUCCACAGUGGGAGUCUCACCUCCCCUCAGGCAACGUCCACUCCACAGAAUAAACAGAACCCCACAUGUCGUAGAAUUCCUGUGAUUCGUAACUGUGGGUCUAACACCCUAAAUUUUGAAUUCCAUGAUACAACUCCCCGCAGAGUGUACAAUGGGAUAUCCCAGCCAUGGAAAACAACUCAGCGGAGCUCAGCAAACAAUUGGUACCCAACCUGGCCUGCUAAAGAAAUUAGACCACUGACAUCUCAAGCUGCUCCUGCUCCUUGCCUGCCUAGUUCAGUCAAUCACCCAACUCUGAAUGGCAUAGCCCAACCAGGCUGGUCAGCUACCUGGACCAAAGAUGGCAAGAGGAAGGAAAAACGUUGGGUGAAGUAUGAUGGGAUUGGGCCAGUCGACGAGUCUGGAAUGCCCAUUGCCUCUCGAUCGAGCGUGGACAGCCCCCGGGAUUGGUAUCGCAGCAUGUUUCAACAGAUCCACACCAAACUUCCAGAAUCAGAACUGGAUUGGGAUUUCUACAAGCCAAGAGAUCGUAACCCUCCAGAGUACAUGAAGAAGAACCAACCUCCAGUGAUGGCAUCCAGCAGUUCCACUUGCCAAAAGAAUGGCUGGGAUUGGAAAAAUUGGGAAACUGCAGACACCACUGCCAUUGAGCCCAGGAGCAUUUUUGACUACGAACCUGGGAAGUCAUCCAUCCUUGAUAAUCCUACUUCGGCCAAGAAGCCCUUCACACCGCCUCCAGCGCAAUGCCAGCCGCCCUCCUUGCCAAUUGAGGUGAGUCCUUUCUGGAAUGCAAGGGAAAUGCAUGUUUGGCCUCUGGCAACAAAGUCAGAAUUGUGACGCAGCCAAGCAUAUACUAUCAACUUCCUUGGAAAAAGCUCAGGAUUUGGAGGCUCAUGUAGCCAGCUAGAGGGGAUGGUUCUCUUAAGAGGGCUGGAGUGCAGCUGUGUUUACUGGCUUCCAUGGAGCAGGAUUUUUUGUUAUUUCCUCUCCCCUCCUCCUCUGCCUUGAAGAUUGUGCUACACGCUGCAAACAAGCUGCCAAGAACUGCAGGCAAGAAUGCACCAGGUCAGGAUUUAGAGCGAAUGGGGUACAGUACUGUGAUUCUCCAAAGCCAGGUGUCCUUUUUGUGCUAAGUUAAGAUCAUGUAUCCCCUGUUCUUUAAAAAAAAAAAUAACGCGUGCCCA